UGCACAAUUAAGAUUACACAUAUCAUUACGUACAAACAAAGUAUUGUUAAGAUGAAAAAGGCACAGUCUCUUAUUACGAUCAAGAUGUCAAUACGAAAAACAAUCCUGUUCACUGUAAUCGUUGCGUAUUUCUAUAUACAAGUUUGUCAUGGAUAUCACUCGUGCAAAGAUUUAAAGCAAGGUAACCCAAACAUUCUAAGUGGCGAAUAUACCUUUUAUAAUGGCGAAGGGCAAACUUACAAAGCAUUUUGUGAAUUUUACGACACGUAUGGCUAUAUGUUUAUCUCGAGAGAAGCUGGUGUGGCCAUAAAACCAAUCCUGAUAGAUUACAAUACAACCGAAGUUCUUAUCAAACACCAGAGAACUACCGGAAAACAAUACGACACCAUUAUGAACCAAAUAUCAGCAAAAUCUUCUGUGCCUCUUAGUAUCCAAUAUAAUAGUUAUGUUGACUAUACACGUCCACACAACUAUGAAACAAUGCAACCCUAUCUAUACUUGGGCUUUCUACCCAGAGGUGUUGCCAAAGCAAAAAAUGUUCAAGGCUACAAGGCAAAUGGUCAGGAUUACACGUUUAAAAAUUGCGACAGAAGACCUCACAGUUAUAUAGCCUUCUUUUUCAACCCGGAUCAUAAAGACCCUACUAACUAUCAGUUAACGUGUUGUUACUCGGAUCUUAUGCACCAUUGGCUAGAUACUGGAAAGAAGGCUUCGACAUAUCUCAACCAAUGCUAUUUCUUUCAAAUAGAAAUACACAUGGGAGGAUGUGGCGGAUAUGCUGUCAAUGGCUUUAAUACUAUGGAACCUGUAUGUGGAGCUGCGUUGGGAAUGCGAUUUGAUUUUUGAUGAACACCAUAUCUAUUCUACAUUAAUUGUCUCUAUUAAACUAACUUUUAAAACAUGUAUUGAUUGAUGUUACAUUUGAACUUUAAUGGGAAACGAAAAGAUCAAUUAAU